AAAACGUCAACACAUUCACUUGUCUGUCACCUUUAAAAAACGAUGAAAAAAUCCGAAGAGCUGGCAUAAAAAUACGCAAGCAGUCGAGCGCAGUAAAAGUUGUGCAAUUGUCCUUCGACUUCAAUUCGUUGCUCCGUUGUUGGUAGGUACAGAAAAUGUUUCAAUCGUCAUAAAUCGUUUCGUGUUUGGCAACAUCUGCUGCGAAGGAACGAGUUUGGUAUUAGGCAGGCUGGAUUUUUUCCGAGAUAGCCUCUGGCUCUAUCUUGAAGAAGUAUGGAUGACAAUUUAUGGUUGAUUGAGCUGGAGUCCGCCUUGUUGGAUGAUUGCACGGUGGACGAUGUUUACGCAAUCUGUGAGGGGAAAGCCAUUCCGGAUGCUUUGCGUCCGGAUGUGUGGCAAGUUUGCUUGGACGUGAGGAACAAGAUGGACCAGCUAAUGCAGUUCAAUGAGAUAUUUGAUUUGCCCUUCCAAACCAAAUUAAGGCAGGAUUGUCACAGCUUCGUGGAAAAGCUGGGGAACGAGGAAGAAGAUCGGGUGGUGGUUGUAGCCGAUUUGGAAUCGAUUCUGACGUUCUACUGUAAGAAUAGAAGUCUGGUUUAUGAGUCGAAUAACGGGUGGAUAGAGCUGCUAUUGCCGUUGCUUUCGCUGAAGCUUUUACGGUCUGAUACUUACAAUCUGUUUGAAUCACUUCGGGACACUUACAUUCCGAAGGGAUGCGUCAAGAAUGGAAAUGUGUUUCAUAUAUUUCGGUUGCUACUGCAGUAUCAUGAUCCGGAGUUGUGCUCAAUUUUGGAUACCAAGCGGAUCACUCCAGACGCUUACGCGAUGUGCUGGUUCCAGACGCUGUUUGCAUCGACUUGCACGUUGCAAGUGGUAUUAGCCAUGUGGGAUUUGUACUUCCAACAGUCGGAUCCGUUUCUCGUAUUCUUUCUUAGUUUAAUCGUGCUGAUCAAUGGACGGGACCAAAUAAUCACAAUGAAGAGCGCCUCCAAAGAAGAACUUCUCAACUUUCUAGUCAAUAUGCCGUGUAAUAUCGAGGCAGACGAUGUGAUGGACUUUUGUUCAUUGGCCCAGUACUACUCGAUGAAAACCCCAUCAUCGUUCAAGCGAGACUUGCUGAAGGUUCUGUUUGGCGCUCAGAGUAAUGCUGUGGAAGCAAAUGUUGUAUCACAGGCUCUUUGCUUGCCGGUUUCAGUAAACGAGCUCGUGGAGAAUGCUUCCAGUGAAAACACCAAUCCGGAUGCGGUCAGAUUCUUUCUGGUAGAUUGUCGUCCGGCUGAGCAGUACAACUCCGGGCAUCUCUCGACGGCAUUCCAUUUGGAUAGCAAUCUAAUGCUUCAAGAACCGGUGGCGUUCCAAACUGCCGUGCAGGGUCUUUUAAGAUCGCAGAAAAAUGCUAUAGAAGCGAAUUCCAAUGCUGGUGGAGAGCACCUUUGCUUCUUGGGAUCUGGCAGACUUGAAGAAGAUCAGUACACACACAUGGUUGUAGCAUCGUUUCUUCAAAAGAACACGAAAUAUGUUUCUUUGCUGACGGGCGGAUACGAAGCGAUUCAUGAAUACUUUGGGGACAACAUGAUUGAUUGCUUGGAAGAUCAUGAUCCGUUAAAAUGUCUCGUUUGCAACAAAGAACAAGUCCCAUACGGAAAAAGCGUGAAUAACAAUAAUAUUACCAACACUGGCAGCUUGAAGAGACCUGAAAAUCGUGGAAACAAUAAUGCUACAGACGCUUCCGAACGCAAACCUACAGUUGACUUAUUUAGUAAGCUUUCCUCAGUCAUGAAAUCGAAGUCAGCUGAAGUGAAAGGCAAACUAAUUGAUUAUAUCUCCAACCCGAACACAAAUGCUCCGGCUCCCGAAAAGCAUGUCUCUCGGAAUGAGCGCAAUGGAAAGCGCUAUCGCAACGUACCACCGGUCUUCAGCAUCGGUGAAGAUCAGGACGAUGAAGACCUACCCGUAUCCAACGAUCUUCCUUCUACUCCGCAACCUGUGUCCAAUACGGAUACUUCUGAUGACAUCGUCUCGAUUCAAUCCUAUCUGAAGCAACCAGAAGUAAUCCGUCAUUUCAAGUGCCAAGAAGUUCACCUCAACGGGUACAUGUACGAUAGCUACCUGCUCGUGUCGGCUUCCCAUAUCAUCGUCUUGCGAGAACUCGACCGCAAAGACAAGGCCCGCAUCAUCGUGCGGCGUCCGUUACAGUCAAUCGUCAAAAUAACCGCCAAAAAGCGCCAUCGAGAUUUGAUCACCUUCAAGUACGGCUACCCCGAGGAGGAAAAUCUGGUUAUCACCGAUAUGGACCGUUUCCUUAUACCGAAUGCUAGCGAAGCUACCGAGCUCAUUUCGAAGCACAUCAUCAAACAGACGUAGAAACUCCUUCACUAGUUCUAACGUAUCUAAGGUAGUUACCCGUCCCGUUGUAGAUUGUUGUUACUGGCUUCGAGUACCCAUAUUUGGCUGUAAACUGAAACCUAAAAUGAAAUGAUGAAAAAGUGCAACCCAUUGAAACAUGUUUUAGCAAGAAUAGUAGUUUAGAAGACAACGUUUUAUGAUACCAACUGAUGCUGGAUAUUUUAUCUUCAGUCUCCUCCUCUUUUAUUAUCGUCUUCAACAAUCAGAAACAAGUCCCUUUUGUUCAAAUGGAAAAACAAUUGAAUGUUGUCAAAUGAAUGUUUCCCUGGUCAAUGUUUCCUAGAAAUUUUAUUUAUAUUUACACAAUUUGCAAGAAUUAUUUUUAGUUUCUAAUUGAAGAAAAAAAAGUUAUAAUUAACAAACAAUGCGUAACUGAAACAUAAAUGUGUUGAUUAGUUUGAGUGAACAACAGCGCAGUAAAAAUGCUUUAUAAUAACCCUGUAAAAAGUAGUGAGACUUAAAUAAAAUCUAAAACUCUGA